CGGGGACAGCGGGAAGCACCGCGCUCCUGGACACCCCCGGCACCCCAAGUGUGUGUGCUAGGUCUGUCCACCUGCUGCAGGUGCAGAGGUGACCGCGCGCCGGGGCCCUUUCCGGGUCUCCCAAAGUCCCCUUCGGUCCUUAGAGUGAAAAGGAGGAGCGUUUUGUGGUCUAGCGGGAAGUCUUUUUAACCCAUGCUUCUAAGUUAGAGGACAAUUAACUGCUCAGCCAUUGCACCCCGGUCAGCACGAGGGUGCUGGAGAGAUGUGGGUGCCGUGCGAGCCGAUGGAGAGGCUCUAGCCUGGGUGGCGUGUUCCGGAACCUAUCAUUCGAAUUAGCCGAGUCAGGCAGAGAGGGGGCGGGGAGUGCUUCCGCCCUUGCUAGGAGGGGCUGCAUUGCAGGGGAGACCCAGCGGCCGACUCUGUCACAGACGAGGCAGAAGGCGUGAGCAGACAAAGCCGUCUCAUCACCAACAGCUUUUUUCUGCAGCCUCCUCCUCUCCGGUCCAGAGCAGACCCCGAGCCCCUGAGGCAUUCUCUCCAUCUUCGGAACACGCCAAUCAUUCAUUGGUAACAGGGAAUUAUGAGGGACCCUGUGAGUAGCCAGUACAACUCCUUUCUUUUCUGGAGGAUGCCCAUCCCAGAACUGGAUCUGUCGGAGCUGGAAGGCCUGGGCCUGUCAGAUACAUCUACCUACAAGAGCACAGACAGCAACGGUGGCAAAAUGGGCGGUCAAGCAAGUGGAGCAGAACAGAAGAACCCAGAAGGUGAUCCCCUCCUUGAGUUCAGCACCUUUAACUUCUGGAGAGCUCCCAUUGCCAGCAUCCACGCUAUCGACUUGGACUUGCUCUAAGGCCAAAGCUUCUCUCUCCCACCCCUUACCCCACUGCCUUCCCUUUUAAGCCCGGUCCUUUCUAAGCCUUUCCCAUCUAAUACUGUUCUCUUCCCUUUAUUGUGCUGGUGGUGCUGAUGAAUCUGCCAAUUGAAUUGUAUGUUUUUAUGUAUUUAUUUCUUAUUUAUUUAUUUAUUUAUUUAUUUAUCUGCCUACUCCAUUUCUCUCAAAAGCCUUCUAGGCACAAAGUCAAGGGUUCAGUCACAGGAGUACUAGAUUACGGGAUUUCCACCCCAACCCCAAGGAUAUUAACUAGUCCCAGAAAACCAUCCGUAUUGGGGCACCAGAGAGAAGUACAGUUGUGCAAAAUGGGAAACCGAUUUAUUUUUUUUUUACAUUACAUUUUAAUCGGCUUCAGAGAUUCCUCGAUCCUCCCUGAUUUCCUGCACGAGGCCAGUAAGCAAAUAUUUCAAGUAGUGAGGACCUGGAAGUUCUGAGAUGCUUCCUACAAAACAGGAUGUCGUGCAGAAACAUGGAUGGUCAUGGGUACGAGAGGAAAUAACGCGCCCUGGAGAACGGGAGUGAGGAAAAGCAUGGAAUCCACCUCACAACUCCGCUCCUAGCUAUGGGUUGGGAACUUUGAGAGAACAGAUUUCAGUCUUCAUGGGCAAACCUUGGUGUAGGAUAAUCCAUAAAAGGCAAAAGAUUUAUAUGAUCUAAAGGGAAACCAGAGUAGUAUUAGCAUAAUUUAUAUAAAAUUGUGAUUCAGUCAUGGAACAGGCGGAAUGUUUUGGUUCUUAGCACUUUAGCUUUGCCCUUCUGUAGUUGCAGUAUGUGAUGGGAGCCAGUGGUUCCUGGGCAUGGUUCUUCAGCCAUUGGAAGACCGUGAAAGAAGCAAUUAUAUUCAGACCCUGCACCUGUCCCUCUUCCUUCCAAAGUUAUUGCUGCUGAUUUGUGCUGCCAUUGUUCAUUUAUUUAAUAAAGAUGUUAAAGCCUAA